AUGGUCCGCGUCAAAAAUCGCUACCUCGUCGUCAACCUGCUGUACCCGGAGCCCAGCGCAAAGAGCAAAACCCCGCUUCCCGACCUUGUCCAGAUGCACUCGCCCACGCCCGAUGCGCUCAAGCCGGGCUUCAUUGUGCGCAUGAUACGCGAUGGCGUGGAAGAGCUGUUUGGCGAUUAUGGCUCGGGAAUGGUGUCGUCGGGACUAAAAGUAAAUUAUUACUCCCCCUCAACCAGCACAGCCAUCAUCCGGUGUCCACGCGACCACUACGAAAUGGUCUGGGCCGCCCUCACAUACACGACGCGCCUGCCGCGACCCCUCGAUAACAUCCCCGUUGUUAUCCGCGUCGUGCGUGUCAGCGGCACGAUCAAGAAGGCUGAGGAAGAAGUUAUUCGCCAGUCUCAGGAUAUCGUUCGGAGAGCGCGGGCGUGGGAUGGCGAGGGAGAAACACCAAUGCUGCAGAGCGUGGAAAGGGCUGUCGAGAAGGAGCGCAAGACGGAGGCCCAGGUGCUGGCUGUUGUGGAUGAUGGGAGUGAGAGCGAGGAUAUGAGUGAGUAG